CUGACAGGCAAGACAGUGCAGCAUUCCCGUCGUUUAGCGGGUUCAAGUGUAGCUUUACAUAGCGAGCAUCCACUGCAAGAGUACCUGAAUCAGAAGGAACGCAGGUUAAUUAUCCGCUGCUGUAAAAAGAGCCCAAAUAUGUCUGUGGGUGGCGACUUUGGGAACCCUCUAAGAAAAUUCAAACUCGUCUUUCUGGGAGAGCAAAGCGUUGGGAAGACGUCCUUGAUAACAAGGUUCAUGUAUGACAGCUUUGACAAUACGUAUCAGGCAACAAUUGGGAUUGACUUUCUAUCAAAAACCAUGUACUUAGAGGACCGAACGCCCUGUUCCUCUGAACUCCAGGUGAGGCUACAACUGUGGGAUACAGCAGGACAGGAGCGAUUCCGGAGUCUCAUCCCCAGCUACAUCCGGGACUCCACGGUGGCUGUGGUGGUGUAUGACAUCACAAAUGUGAAUUCAUUCCAGCAGACUUCCAAAUGGAUUGACGAUGUCAGAACAGAAAGAGGAAGUGAUGUCAUCAUCAUGUUAGUGGGCAACAAAACAGACUUGGCAGAUAAGAGGCAAAUUACAAUUGAGGAGGGCGAGCAGAGAGCCAAAGAGCUGAAUGUAAUGUUCAUCGAGACCAGUGCGAAGACAGGCUACAAUGUCAAGCAGCUGUUUCGACGUGUGGCGGCUGCACUGCCCGGGAUGGAGAGCAUGCAGGAGACGAGCAAAGAAGGCAUGAUUGACAUCAAGCUGGACAAACCACAGGAACCCCCCACCAGUGAAAGUGGAUGCUCCUGUUAAUACACAGUACUGGACUGGGCAGCUUCAUUUACACCACAUGCUUGUUGUGUUGCUUCCUAUUGGUUAGCUUCCAGUUGAGUUUUCAGGUUGGAUAUUUGGCCUUCCCAUCUGACUAUUGGUCAUUGGUUGGAUCUAGUGUUAUGUCCAUUUUCAGUUGUAUAAUAUUGUACUUUAUUAACUAAAUUGUCAAAAAAUCUUAAAAAUUCAAAAAGGGAAA